AUGGCCGUGGUUCUUCGCCGUCGCCGACGUGAACACGGAGAGCCAGACGACGCGUUUGAGAUGUCGGAUGACCAUUUUCGACGGCUAUUUCGCCUCUCAAAGGGCACGGUGCGGUUGUUGUGCGAGGAACUGGCGGGGGAACUAGAAGCUGAGCGAGCGACGGGACUGUCAGUGGAGCGGAACGUGAUGUGUUCGCUGUGCUUCUUUGCUACCGGGAGCUUCCAAGCAUCCAUUGGGAGCGAGGAGACGAUCCGUGUGUCGCAGUCGACAGUGAGCGAGUGCGUGCGACGUGUGGCAGAGGCUGUCGUGAACGCAGGGGCCCGCAACAAGUGGGUCCAUUUUCCAAAGACAGCCGGGGAAAAGGCAGCCAUGAAGGAGGGUUUCCUUCGGCGCGGCGUUAUCCCCGGCGUCAUCGGAUGCGUAGACGGCAGCCUCAUAGCCAUUAUCGAACACCUAGGGUGA